CGCCGCUGGCUGCGAGCCUUCCAAGUAGUGGGACUAGCACUGUUCUCCGGGCAAUGAGGAGUGCCGGCUUGGGGCAGAAAACGCUUUCCUUUUCUCUGGAAGAAGACAAGCCGUGAGGACACUUAAGGAUGUGCUGCCCAGACGUGUCUCCCACCUCCAUCUUCCUCCUGGGACUCAUGUGCUUGACAGCUUUCAGCAACUUUGCUAAGACUUCUGCAGACUUCUCAGGUUACAUAUCACAGGUACUAAAGAACUACACUGACCAUGCCUGCGAUGGAGAAUAUGUCUCCCUGAGAUGUCCUCACAGAACCACCAUCAGCAUCCAGUCUUCUUUUUAUGGCCGAAUUGUACCAAGCCAUCAGAUGUGUCCUUCUCGCUAUCCCCACUCCUAUGCAACUUUAAUUAAAGAAGAUGUUGCCUGUUCAGUUGGCACUUCUCUUCAGAAGAUGCUGGAUGAGUGCCAGGACAGGCGGAGCUGCCAGUUCCUCGUCAAUAGCCGGCUCUUCGGGACAGAUCCGUGCCCUGGAACCGGCAAGUACCUCAUUGUGUGGUACAAGUGCAGGCCAAAUGAAUACAAGAGUAAAGUAGCCUGUGAAGAUGACAAGCUGAGGCUAAGCUGUAAGAAGAGCAUGGUGAUAGCCAUUUACUCUGCUAUCUUUGGGAGGACACAAGGAGGCAGCCUGGAAUGCCCAUACCAAAACCUAGGGAUGCCCAUGAUUGAGUGUCAGUCAGCUACUGCUCUCCAGCUCAUGAUCAAGCGCUGUCAUGGGAAAAGAAGCUGCAGCAUAUAUGCCAGCACCUAUGAAUUUGGAGAUCCUUGUUACCCAGGCAUCCAAAAGCAUCUUAAUGUCAUCUACACCUGUGUUCCCAAGAAGCUUCUGCAUGAAACUCAGCCAAGACCAACCAAUUACCAAGGAUAUCAGAAGCCACAUUUUCCACUGCAGCCAAGAGUGUUUGAUCUCAAUGUUAUAGGGGACGGAGUGCUCCUUUCUGAUGUCUCUCCUUCCAGUAUAGGACGAGCUCUCCCAGCAGAGAAGAAGAAAGGGAGAUCUGCCACUUUCUACCCUCUAGACAACACCCCUCUCCUGCUUCCUGUGGAUGAGACACAACCGCCAGUGCUCUCCAGCAGCAUGGAGCCUGUGGGCGUCAGCACGGAGAUGGCCCUGCUCAGCAAUAUCCUGGCAGCCUAUGCCUUCAUCACAGAAAACCCCGAGCGGGCUGCUCUGUAUUUUGUCUCCGGAGUGUGCAUUGGACUUGUCCUGACCCUGCUGGCCCUGGUGCUCAGGGUGUCCUGCCGGACGGACUGCAAACGCUCCUCCUCCAAAAAGCCUCCUCGGGAGCGGGAGAGCGACAGUGACAGCAGUGACAGCGACGACGAUUCGGACACCACCUCGGACCUGUCUGCCCGCAGGCACCGCAGGUUCGAGAGGACUUUGAACAUGAACGUCUUCACUUCGGCGGAGGAGCUGGAGCGGGCACAGCGGCUGGAGGAGCGGGAGCGCAUCAUCCGGGAGAUCUGGAUGAACGGCCAGCCCGACAUCCCAGGGACCAGGAGUCUCAACCGCUACUACUAAAGUGAUUGGGAGUCCAACUGUCCUGCCCUACGCCCUGGGGCUGCUCCACACAUGAUAGAGGAGGGGGGGGGGCAGAAUAUUUUGUGGGUGUAUCCCCUUUUCCUAUCAGGUGUGCCACCUGGAGUGGUGUGGAUGGACAGCAAUAAAGCUUUCCCCAUCUCCUUCUCCCUGACAUGUUGCUAUCACCCCUCUUCACGGACACUUUCUGGUUUCAACAGAGGUGGUUGCCAACUUCAUUUCUUAGUAGCAGGCAGGAAGGUGACAAUUACAGUCCUCCCACAUGAGAUAUGGUGUUCAGCACGCUGCAAUAUGAGUACUCCUCUCUUGGCUGAGGAGAGAAGUCUCCCAGGAGUUGGUUUUCAUUUAGGAUUUUUUGGUUUCCCUUUCCUGAGGACUGUGGGAGCACUAUGAACGAAAUGACAAAUCUGGAGAGAUGAUUUGAGGAGGGAGGGGGAAGUGCAUCCUGACGGAUUGUCUUGUGACUUCAGAAGCCAUGAGAUUACCCUGAUUAAACCCAACAGCAAAUAUGACUUGUUAAGAACUGCGGGGUGGGGGGGAGGGGGAUUCUUCCAUCGUGAAAUCAUCUCGGUGCUUGGAUGUUCGCCAUAGUGUAUUCAGUUAUUUAUGGCUGUCUUUUCAUCUUCCUUUUCAAUGGGAACAUUUAGUUUUUUUACUGACACCUCAGGGAUAAAAUCCUAUUAUUUUUUUGAGUCUGUUCUCCCUGCUGGCCCCUGUCAAACACAACCCAAUCCACCUCCAACAGUGAAAUUAUGGUAAUAUAAGAGAUGUGUCAGUGACUGGUGAGAAGUUAACAACCUCAAAGAGGUUGAAAAAGGUUUUCUUUUUGUUUUGUUUUAAAUAUAUAUAUAUAUAUUUGAAGAUGCUGCACAGGAAUGUGCCUUAUUCUUUUUGUUGUUGUUGUUGUUAAACUACAGUUUUCCUAUGGAUAGCAAUGCACAAUGUUUUAUAUAUUUUAUUAAAAAAAAAAUAAAAAAUAAAAGGUCUGUGUUUACCAGAGGAAAAAUCAAGACAGAAGAAGUCACAUAUGACAACAAAAUGGGUAAUAAAUGCUAAAUAAACUCUGGUUUGCUUCAA